AUGAUCAGGGUGCAACCAGGCGAGAAGGGCGAGAAGAAGAAGCGCGGAGAACGGGACAAACAAGAACGCAAGGCUCAAGACGAGAAAGAUAGGAAGGAGGGGCUUUCGGUGGCCGAGCCAGAGGAUACAGCUCGGAGGGUGACCAACUGCAAUAUUAGCACUGAGCUCGAGAACGCCCUCAUUUUGCGCCUAAAUGACGGUUCUCUUAAAGACGUCGACUCGUAUAAUUCAGAGUCGUCUCUCUUGCAACGACCUGCUUCCAUACGAUUAAUCAUACAAGAUAUUGACGCUGCUACAUCGAUUGUACUACGUAUUCAGGAUGAAGAUCAAGAUGUUCCUACAUAUCAAUUUGGUGAAGAAGGUUACAUGCUUGACUCGGAUGAAGGUAUUGAGCUCGCCCAGGGUCUCUUGAAUUCUCGACCGAGGAGACAACGGGGGCUUAAGUUGACUGGCCAUACUCUUCAUGUAACAGGAGCGUAG